AUGGCGCCGAAACAUACACUGGAGAAGAGUCUCUUAAAUGCUGAUAAAACUGAAUAUCCACAUGGUGCCCAGCAAUGGGCCACUUUUGCUCGAAUGUGGUAUCUCUUAGAUGGCAAAAUGCAGCCCCCUGGCAAACUUGCAGCUAUAGCCUCAAAAAAACUUCAAGGAUUACAUAAACCAGUGUACCAUCAGCUGAGUGACUGUGGAGAUCAUGUUGUCAUAAUAAACACAAGACAUAUUGCAUUUUCUGGAAACAAAUGGGAGCAAAAAGUGUACUCCUCACAUACUGGCUACCCAGACGAGGAUAUUCCAGAAGAUAUUCUCAAGAACUUAGUGGAAGAGCUUCCUCAGCCACGGAAAGUGCCUAAACGGCUGGAUGAGUACACUCAGGAGGAAAUAGAGGCUUUCCCGAGAGUGUGGGCUCCGCCCGAAGAUUAUCGGCUAUAGGAAAGUGGAAACAGUCAAAAACAGCAGCAAGAGACUGGAUGCUAACUGAGCCAUCCCCAUGACCUGGAA